AUGACUAAUGAAAGCAGGUUGGCUUUUGGGUUUGGUUUCCAUCCCGGAACCAAUGAGUAUAAGGUGGUCAGAAUAGUGGAACAAGAACAGCCUACGAGUUUGGAACAACGAAUUGAGGUGUUCACUCUUGGCAAACCCAUGUGGAUGAUCAACAGAAAGAACCCGUUCUUGCUUCGGAUGCAACCCUAUGCAGCUUCGUUUAAUGGAGCACUACACUGGUUAGGCCAAGAUAAGCAAAAUGGUUCAACAAUUAUAGUUUCAUUCGAUUUGGAGUCCGAAAAUUUUCAACAGAUUCCAACUCCAGAUAAUUGUAAAUCUAGACUGGAUAGGAAAGAUUGGCGCGUUGUAGUUCUAGGAGGGUGUCUCUGUAUGGUUGAUUAUAAUGACCACAAAAGGGCUGACAUAUGGUCAAUGAAGAUUUAUGGUGUAAAGGAGUCUUGGAUUAAAGAAUACACCGUGAUGCCUUUUGAACGUUUGAUAGGACCAAGUCGACCUCUAUGUGUACUGCCAAAUCGCAACAUUUUGAUCGAGUUGCAAUAUCUCCCAGAGAGUUUGUAUGCUUAUAGUGUAGAUUUGAUGACAAUCUACAAGAUAAGAGUUCGUGACCUCCCCCCUCGCCAUUCAUGCCGAGUAGUUUCUGUUGUUGAUGAUACUCUUUGA